AUGGCGUGCUUUGCCAAGUUCUUCGGCCGAAAGCAUGGCUCGUUCAAUUUGCCCGUCGCCGGCACCGGCGAUGGCGAGGUGGUGGCGACACGUGUAACGCGACGGCUCGACGAUGAGGACGGGAUCAAUCAGGUGCCGUCGGUGUUGCCGCCGCCGUCGAGUCUGGCCAAUGGGUACGCCGGAAAGAAAGGCGGUGCUUCGCCAAAAGCGGCCACGAAGGCCCCCGGUGCGGUGUCAGUGCCGAUGGAGGCGAAGUCGAACGAACGUGAGUCGGGGCUGGGAUCGUUGGACGAACGGUUAAACGUGACCUCCAUCAGCACGAGCGGCACUAACCGCGGCUCCGAUCGUUUCGGCCCCCCAGAGGAACCGUGGAGUGUCCGGGCGGCCCCGAUCGGCUUAGUAACGGCGUCCGUCGGGCCCACCAUCGAGCGAAAGGCAUCCGGAAAGCGACCCGACGAACAGGUGAAGAUCAGUUUGAGCUCGCGCGAACCAUCGACAAUGGAGAGCCCCGGCGGCCAUGGGCUGCUGGUGAAGGAUCUGCUGCAGAACAAAAUCCUACACAUGUUGGCCCUCCAGUCGAAGGGCAUCCGGGAGAUGAGCAAGAGCGAGCGGGCGACACUGGCCCAGCUCGAGCGGGAAAUACCCGAGCUACAGAAACAGGUGCAGGCCGAGGCUAGGGACAAUCGGCACCACGCUACGAAUCUCCCGGUGGAUGGCGCACCAGCGCACACGACGAAAGUGUCCCCGGUUGGCCAAUCGGAGGAGCAGCUGCUCGAGCGAGAGCUGUCCGGCUACGACGUGAUUGCGAUGCGGAAACCGGCGGACGAUGCCGUACCGGAAGCUCCCAGUUCGGACGACGAACGUUCGGCGGCCACGCCGCCACCGGAUCUGCCACCCCGAGCAAGCCGGGCGGCCCCGGUGGAGGACGCCGAUGACACGUCGGCGGACGAAGAACCGACGCCACCGAAACUGCCACCACCGAGAAGCCAGCUGGAGCAGAGCCUCCUGGAUGAGGUGAUGAGCCGGACGCUGGUCCGGCAAGCGCUGAGCCACCGGGAAGACGAAGAGCCACUGCCGCAGCCAACCUCACCGCCACCGUCGAGAGAUCCGCCGGCUACACCGUCGAUCACACAGACCCUGCCGGAGCUGGUGCGCGAACGGUCACAGAUCGAGGAGCUCGACAACACGACCGUGGGCACGCUGAAGAAGGUCCGCAAGCAGGGUGUUGUGUCGGACAAGACGGACCUGAAGGAAUCGAAGGACAUCGUCAUCCCGACGCACCCGAAGGCGGUCGACACGGAGCUGCUGAUCAAGGCGGCGAUCGUGGCGAACGACUUCCUGAACAACAUGAUGGACGAGGAGCGCCUGCAGGCGGUGACGGCGGCCAUGAGCUCGAUGUCCUUCCCGCCGAACAGCUACAUCAUCAAGGAGGGCGACAUCGGGGCCCACUUUUACGUGUCGGAGGACGGCACCUACGAGGUGGUGGUCGACAACAAGGUGAUCAAAUCGUUCGGCCGGGGCGUCGUGUUUGGCGAGCUGGCCAUCCUGUACAAGGCGAAGCGGUUCGCGUCGAUCCGCGUCACGACCGGGGCGAAGGUGUGGCUCCUGGAGCGCAAAGUGUUCCAGAAGAUCAUGAUGAAGAGCGGCCGGAAGGAGCGCGAAGAAAACGUCCGGUUCCUCAGCACGGUCUCGGUGCUGAAGGAUCUGGAGAAUGAGAAGCUGCACAAAAUAUCGGACCUCCUGAAACGGGAAUUCUACGCCACCGGGUCCACCAUCAUCCAGCAGGGCGAUCCGGGCGACAAGUUCUACAUCAUCCGGGGCGGUAGCGUGAAUGUGAUUAAAACGGACAAGAAGGGCAACGACCGGCUGGUGGGGACGCUGCAGCGUGGCGCGUACUUCGGGGAGCAGGCUCUCCUGCACGAGGAUCGCCGAUUGGCCAGCAUCAUCGCGAAUCCACCCGGCACCGAGUGCCUCACGCUGAACCGGAUUGCCUUCAACGAAUUUCUCGGCGGCCUGGAUACACUGCGCGAGGUGAAGCUCUCCGACACGAUAGUGCCCCGCAGCUCGACGAUGACAAAUAUUGUCUCAGAGUACGAUCAUAUCCAGUUGCACGAUCUGACCUACAUCGGGACGCUCGGCAUCGGCGGGUUCGGGCGGGUCGAGCUGGUGCAGUACCAAAGCCGGCAAACGUUCGCGCUGAAGUACCUGAAAAAGAUCGAAAUGGUCCGCCAGCAGCAGCAGGAGCACGCCUACAGCGAGAAGGACAUCAUGCUGAGCUGCAACAGCGCGUUCAUCGUCCGGUUGUACAAAACGUACCGAGACAAAAAGUACCUCUACUUCUUGAUGGAGGCCUGCCUCGGUGGCGACGUGUGGACGGUGCUGCAGAAGAGUAAGUUCUUCGACGAGCGCACGGCGCGCUUCAUCACCGGGUGCGUCGUCGAAGCGUUCGAGUAUCUGCACAGCCGGAACAUGAUCUACCGGGACCUGAAACCGGAAAACCUGAUGCUGGACGACAGGGGCUACAUCAAGCUGGUUGACUUUGGGUUUGCGAAGCGCAUCGGCCCGAACCAGAAGACGUGGACGUUCGCGGGCACGCCGGAGUACGUGUCGCCGGAAAUCAUUCUCAACAAGGGCCACGACCGGGCGGUCGACUACUGGGCGCUCGGUGUGCUGAUCCACGAGCUGCUGGUCGGGAAGCCGCCGUUCCGGGGGAAGAACCACAUGAAGACGUACAACGCCAUCCUGCGGGGCAUCGACAUCAUCGAGCUGCCGUCGCGCGUGCCGAAGAAGGCACAGGUGCUGAUCAAGCGCCUCUGCCGGCAGACGGCGGCCGAGCGGCUCGGUUAUGGCAAGAACGGCAUCACCGACAUCAAGACCCACCCCUGGUUCGGGAGCUUCGAGUGGCAACGGCUGAAGGAGCGCACGAUGCCGGCCCCACUCAUACGGCCCAUCGUGUCCGACAUCGAUCUGUCCAACUUCGACGAGUACCCGAAGGAUAAGGAUGAGCCACCGGACGAGAUCUCGGGAUGGGAUAUUAAUUUUUAAUUUCGGGAUAUUAAUUUCCAUCAGCGGCGCCUCAUCGUACGACGGGGAAAACCAACAACAACAACACCAGCGCGAACAAACCGAUAGCAUUACACAUGGGUAGCCAUCGCA